CAUUAAUGGCGCACAGGUGCACGGCGCACUCUGACGGUGCGCCGUGGUACGAGAACGGCGCAUCAAUGGGCAGUCAGAGGGUAAGAUGGCGGAUCGUGAUUCGGAGGUGCAGGAGGAGGAAGAAGAAGUGCGACAGCGGCAGAAGCAGGAGCUGCGUCAAACAAGAUCUGAGGUGAAGGAGGACGGUAUUCGCGGAAUGAACGCGAGCGUCCAUCCUAUAAACGAUACGACGAGUGUGAUGACCACGACGAUAAUGGCGUCGACAACGAGUACGAACACGGCGAUGGCAACAACGACUACAACAACUACGACAACGGUGAAUACGGUGAUCAACAAUGGUCGAGUGCCGCAACAUAAUCUUGUCAAUCAACAACAACAACAACAACAACAACAAAUGAAUAAUCCAAAUGUUGGACAAGGACCUAGAUGCGUUACCAUCUACAAAACGGAGACUGGUUUUGGGUUCAAUGUUCGAGGUCAGGUCAGCGAGGGUGGACAAUUGAGAAGUAUCAACGGUGAACUUUAUGCACCCUUGCAACACGUCAGUGCUGUUUUACCUCGAGGAGCUGCCGAAAAGGCCGGUGUUCGCAAGGGUGAUCGAAUACUCGAAGUCAAUAAGGUGAACGUUGAGGGUGCCACUCACAAGCAGGUCGUUGACUUGAUCAAAUCUGGCGGUGACGUACUGACGUUGACGGUGAUAUCCGUGACACCACAAGAAGCUGAAAGGCUGGAACCUUGCGAGGAUCUCAGUUAUCCACCGAUAGAUUACAGCGAGAAACGAUCAUUGCCCAUUAGUGUUCCGGAUUAUCAUGUACGGGAAAGGAAACACGAACGUUAUGUUGUUUUCAACGUACACAUGGCAGGAAGGCAUCUGUGUUCUAGACGUUAUCGCGAAUUCGCUGCCCUUCACAUGGCACUUAAGAAAGAAUUUAUUGGAUUUAAUUUUCCAAAGUUACCGGGAAAAUGGCCUUUCCAAUUGACGGAACAACAAUUGGAUGCCAGAAGACGAGGUUUGGAACAAUACCUUGAAAAAGUUUGUGCCGUACGAGUAAUUGCCGAGAGCGAUGCUAUGCAAGAAUUUCUAACCGAUAGGUUGGACGAGGACGGUGACCAAGGUCCAGCGGUUGACCUAAAGGUUCUCUUACCUGAUCGCGAGGUAGUUACCGUGACGGUCGCGAAAGCAGCUUUGGUCAAGGACGUCUACGAUGCGGUCUGUAGUAGAGUCGGUCUUGAUUCGGAAACCGCCAAGUAUUUUUACCUCUUUGAGAUAGUUGAGUACAAUUUCGAGAGGAAACUUCAACCUCACGAGCAUCCGCACACACUUUACAUUCAGAAUUACUCUACGGCGAGUGCGACGUGCCUAGCGAUAAGAAGGUGGUUGUUCAAUGUAAAUAGGUCUCUUAGCGAGCAGGCCCUGACGUGGAUAUUUUGGCAGACUGUUGACGAGGUCAAUAGGGGCCACAUUAGCGCUGGCGAACGAUUGUAUCAGUUGAAGGCCCUUCAAGAUGCAUCUAGAAAGCACGAGUAUUUGAAAUUGGCAAAGGAAUUGAACGGAUAUGGCGAUAUAGUUUUUCCACAUUGUACUUGCGACUCGAGGAAGGAAGGACACGUUAUUGCAGCUGUUGGCGUUUUAGCAUUUAAGUUACAUGCAGCGAAAGAGGAUGGUACUUUAGAAUCUCAAGUAGUCGAAUUUCAAUGGAACACCAUAACAAGAUGGGAGGUAGACGAGGAAGGCAUGGCCUUUUGCUUUCAAUAUACUCGACAAGAUAAUAGGCCACCGCGUUGGUUGAAAGUUUUCACACCUUACUAUACCUUCCUGUCUGACUGUUUCGAUCGAAUAGCAGAAGAGGCAAAGUGGGACGAUCCCAGAGAAUGACGCAGUAUUCGCCGUUAAUACGUUUUUUUAUUCUUUCUUCUUUAAUUUUAUUUUCUUUUUUCUUUUUUUCUUUUUUUCUUUUUCUAAUUUUUAUUUUAUCCCUAAUUUACCCGUUGAUUAUCAAUAACGACGAUCGAACUCGCAUUGGUGAUUGUAGUCGAUUGUUUCAUAGGAUUAUUGUUAUAAAAUCUCAAUCACAGUGCGAUUGAACGAUUCGUAUUGUUUAUCAUAUCAACAAUGACUCGUUGAUUUUACAAAAAAAUAUAUAUAUUCAAUCUUUAUUAAUACACGAAUCUUAUAAAAGCACACGGCAGAGCUAUUACAUAUAUUUUCAAUUAUGAUAAUUAGCGUGGUUACGCGUUCCAAUAGUUACGACACCUUUUUCUUUUGAUUUGUCUUCUUGUUAUAUUGUAUGAUGAAACAAAUUGACAGAGAAUCGUAUUAUAUCAGAGAAUUAAUGUUUCCUUUUUUUCUCCUCUUAUGUUUCUUGUGUUAUUUUUUUUUAUUUUAAUUUUUUUUUGUUUUAUAUUAUUAUAUAAGAUUUAUUAAUCUUAUCAUACUUUAUAACCAAUACUGUCGCGUCAACAAUGGAAUACUAGAGAAUUAUAAAAAGAAAGAAAAAAACAAAAAAACGACGUCUCAAGUAAGAAAUGAAAAUUAUGAGAGAUCGUAAAUUAAUGCCUAGUGUCGAUAUAUAUGAUUUGGCCUAUAAGUUAUAUUUCCUAGAACGUGUAAUUCGAUUUCUCGUUUUAGAAAUAAUCGAAUUACUAAUUGUUCCUUUUUAUUAGCCUAAUAUACAUCAAUAUACAUAUACAUAUACAUACAUAUAUAUAUACAUACAUACAUACAUACAUACAUACUAUUCUCUCUUUAAAUUUCUUUUACGAAAGCAUACCACAUUUUUUAUUGACUUAGUAAACAAAAGUAUUAUCGUGCUUCGUUCGAGCCCAGAUCACCUUCCUUGUAAUUAAUUUUCAAAAAUUUCAAUGUGCUUUUAUUCAUAUCGUUUUCAUCUAUUGAAAGCUUAUUGAAAUUUUUGAGAUAUUAUUCCAUACGUGAAGUUUCAUUAAAGAUCGUAAAUGUCGAAAAAUUUUUAAUCAUUAUAUCGACAUUUUCGAAGUUUGAAUUAUGUAGAAUUCCAUUACACUCAUUCGCGAUCAUCUUGUGAAAUACAUUGAAAAAUAAAAUGAAAUUUAAUCUAAUAUAAUGAAAUGAAAUAUUUUCAUCGCAUUAUGUUUUAAACAAAACAAAAAUUUCAAAAUAUCAACAAUUUAAAAUUAUUGUUGCAAUCUAUAGAUGCCUACUUAUUUUAAUGAAUUAAUAAUUCAUAUAUAAUAUUUCUACGCAUUUAAUGUAAAGAUCUGAAUUAUUGUAAAUGUUACGUUGAUUAAUUAAUUGAAAACAAAAAAAAAGAAUAGAAAGGAAAAAGAGAGUAAUGGAGCACGCCUGACACAAAAAAGGUACAUAUUUUCCCCAGUACUUCGGUGAUUAAUAAUACUCAUUAAUUAGUAAUAUUGUUAAGAAGAGUUGCUAAAUAAUAAUAAUAUUAAUAAUAAUUAUAAUUAUCAUAAUAAUAAUAGUAAUAA